UAUGACCCACGUCGCGCGGGGAGCGGGAGGCAGCAGCAGCAGCAGCAGCAGCAAGCAGGAGAACCGGGAGCAGCAGCAGCAGCAGCCGCCGGAUUCGGCCUCGAGGCGCCGUCGCGAGAAGGAGCGUCGGAGGCGAGGCGGGCGAGGGAAGGGAGACGAGAAGCGUCCUGGUUGCUGCCUCUGCCGCCGCUGCCACCACCUGCACCCCCCACCCUCAUCAUGCUGGCGCUGUUGUCUCGGCUGCUGGACUGGUUCCGGUCGCUGUUCUGGAAGGAGGAGAUGGAGCUGACGCUGGUCGGGCUGCAGUACUCGGGGAAGACCACCUUCGUCAACGUCAUCGCGUCAGGUCAGUUCAGUGAGGAUAUGAUUCCUACAGUGGGCUUCAACAUGCGGAAAGUUACCAAGGGUAAUGUCACAAUAAAGAUCUGGGAUAUAGGAGGACAGCCACGAUUCCGAAGUAUGUGGGAACGCUACUGCAGAGGAGUAAAUGCUAUUGUGUAUAUGGUGGAUGCUGCGGAUCGUGAAAAAAUAGAAGCCUCUAGAAAUGAGCUGCACAAUCUAUUAGACAAACCACAGCUACAAGGAAUCCCUGUUCUAGUACUUGGAAACAAAAGAGACCUUCCCAAUGCUUUGGAUGAGAAGCAACUUAUUGAAAAAAUGAACCUGGCUGCUAUUCAAGACAGAGAAAUCUGCUGCUACUCCAUUUCCUGCAAAGAAAAGGACAAUAUAGAUAUCACACUUCAGUGGCUUAUUCAGCAUUCAAAGUCCAGAAGAAGCUGAAAUAUCACCGAUAACACCCUCAGUUGGCCAUAGUCUGAUUUGUCUGCUCCUUCCAUGAUGAAAUGUUAUUCAGGAUAGUCCUCCUGUAUCCAAGGAAUUGCCUUUUUUCACAGUUCAUGCCUCCAUGUGCACUGCUGAAGACUUAUAUUCCUACUUCUGUCAUAAAAAUUGGCUAGAGUUGUCAUGAGUCGUGCAAAUGUUUUUUCUUAGUUCAUCUAAGCAGUGGCAGUGGGUGCUUCUCCCCUCUCAAAGGCUAUCAUUAAAUCAGUGUGUUUCUGCUCUGGUCUUCCUGAGCCAGGUUUUUAUAUUUGAUUAUCAACAAACUUAUUUAAUUCUUAUAUUUAGUGGCUCGUUGAAGAUGCUGACACAGGGCAGCACAAAGAUUCUAGCACCACUUUAUUGUGCUUAUAAAGCUUUUCAAACACUGUUUAAAUGGGAUACUAACUUUUUUCUCUCAGAUGCAUGUGUGAUAUGUAUUGUAAAAUGGUUUGCAAUGGAAAGUGCCAGGCACUAGAUAUUAAAUCACUAAAUUACCUUGGGUUUCUCCAAACUUCCUUCAUUCUAAUGAAUGAAAUGUCCAAUUGUCAACUUUUGUAUCUGUGCAGGUCAUUGCUAAUGACUUUAUAUGCUGAAAUUCUUAAGGGGAAUAGAGUACUUUUGAAAUAAAGCUUUCAAGUGUUUGAACACACAAGCAAGUCAAACGAACCUGGGAACCUCGGACGAGACUGAACAAUCACACCUUGUUCCUCAAAAUGCUUUGCAAAGUCUGCAUGGCACCCUAAUGGUGUCAGACUCCCAGCACAAAAUAAUCGUGUCGUUAUCUGGCUUGUCCUCUUAAUGGAAUAAUUGAGCACAGUUGCACUUGGUGCUAGGAAAUGCCUAGGCUAUUGUGACAACUCUAGAUUUGCCUGCUUUCUCGGUGUGUAAUCAUGUGUAAAAGUCCACAGGCUAAGAAAUGUUGAAUGGUGUCUUGAAGCACAAGAGAAUCAAUGAACUGAUCCUGUUUCUUGGUUAGCUUCUACACAGCAUAGAGGUGUAUGAAUCAAACUGUAACACUACUUUUGUAGCUUUACCUUCUUGGCAAUGUCAAUAUUUAAAGGGACAGACUUGUUAAGGCUGGUUUUCUUCAUACAAUGUCGAUGUAGCCCACUGUAUGCAUACAAAUAUAUGAUACACCUGCUUGUGUUGCCCCCCAUUGUUUCGUUUGUUUUUUUUAAGCAGCACCUGCAUGUACUUGGAUGUUGCACUUUUCAGAGUCCAUGUUAACACAGGUUUGGUACAUUUAAGGGCACGUUCAUAAUAUGUCUUUCAAGGACAAAAUGGUUUCUCAAAGGACAGAUAUUUCAUACUGGAACCCCCCAAGUACUGCGAUCAGCCAUGGUAUAGUAUGCCUUUGCUAAUCUGCAUGUAUGGCAAAACUCUUCUCGUCUUCUACUGGCAUUCCUGUGUUACUUACUUUCAAAGGCUCUAUGCCAAAAGGCCACAGGCCAUGCCUUUACAGUAUCACAUGGAGUUUGUAAAAGACUCCACAGUGCUAUCAGGUGGUCUGGGGGAAAAGUAACAUGGGAUCAUACAUUAGCCGCAAUAGCCGAAUAUGUGUGCAUCACAGGCAGAAUGUAUGAAUACUCAUUAAAAAGUUACAGCAGCUUUGCAACAGCAAUUGGACCAAGUUGACUUAACACACAAAUGUGCCCCACAACAGCCAGUUUUGCUUUAUACUGCCAUGGCCUUACUGUUCCCAUACAAACUUGCUGCACUGUUGCACAGACACAACUAUUGCUUCCAUUAGCAAAUUGAGCUUUUUUGCAUUUUUAACUUCAUAUGUGCUUCUAUAAAUCCUGUAUUGUUGGUGCUGUAGAGACGAGGUCAAUCACUUGCUAUUGUAGUUGACUACAGACUGCUACACUUAACUAGAGAAACUCUGCUUGUGCCUAAAAAUAAGGAAGCUGAACUAGAAUGUGUCAACUUUUCUUCUUCUUCUGAGAAUCAAAUUACUGUUAAAGAAACUGGCCUGUUGCUGAAUUCAGUGUGGGUUCUUUUUUUGUGCAUACUUCACAGCUUUCAGCAUUUCGACAUCAAAAACCACUAUCAACUUUUUAAUCUGUGCAUUAAUCUCGGCAUGUGAAGAAUUUAUACAUUUACCAAACUUUGUAAAUAUGUGAAUUUUUUUAUUUAGGUGGAUGGCAUUUUGUUUUACUGCUGUUUAGCUUUAACCAAUAAACUUAUGUUUUCAGGGUUA